AGAGUCAUUUCUCUAGACCUCCCAUUUGCCUGAAAUUAGGGGGAGUGGGGGGAAGGGUCGGACUGCAGGAAGGAGGAUGUGGCUUCCAAGCAGGCUGGAGGCUCAGCGCCUCACUUAUGAGAAAUGGUUUCUUGAGAGAAACUCGGAAGGGAACCAGUGUGGUACUGCAUUUUUUUUCCUGAAACGUAGACGGGCACCCUUUAGUAACUUGUUGGUUAUAAAGAUAAAAUGCAACACAUGCAGGAGGCCUGCUUUUGCAUCGCUUGUCUUUUAUGUAUUCGUGCUUUUUAGGCAUGAAACAAGGGUAUGGUUUAUGUUGGACUAAACAAAGACAGUGAAGGCUACCAACUUAUGUGGAACUUCCCAGGAGGAAGAGCCUGUUCAGAAGUCACUGUUGGGCUGGGGUGAUUGACGUACAUUAGUGCAGAAUUCCUUGUUGGGUCAUAUGCAUGUCAGGAGUUUGCAUACUCCUACGCCAUUUGGGUCUGACUCAUGCAACUGACUCCCCUUCCCAUCAGAUGGGCUUUGCUUUAUAUGUAAGAACACUUUUUUUGAAAUCAGCACAGUGCUCUAUUACCUUAAAAACAGAAUUGCCUGUCAACAGGGGUGCUGAAGCUGAAGGUCUUUUUAGCAGCAUGCUGGUGGAAAAUUAAUAUUUUUUGGUCCACUCUGCCAAGGAAAAGCACAGGUUCCAGACAAUCUGAGAAAUUUGGCUUUGUGAAUAGAUAAGAGUAAUGGGUGGCAUUUCUUAUUUAAAAGUAGAAUUUAGAAACCAUUUGUUACAUGGUGGUGAAGGAUAUGUUUGGAAGGGGAUCACUUUGCACAUGGGGUUUUGUCUGAAUUACUUGCCAGAUCUGCUUUCUUAUUUAAUAAUGUCCCUGAAGCAUGAAAGCUUGUCUGAUUCUACAGCAGUACUAUGAGGAAGUGGCUAGGGUGGGGCAGAGACAGCCAUACUCAAAUAUCCUGCCAGCACACCGGCCAGUCUUAAUCAGAACCUAGUACAAUUUGUAUAUUUCUUAUUAAUUUGUAUAGUGUAGGUAUUAUUAACAAUGAAUGGCAGCUCAGACUGGUGAAAAGCCAUUUUACUUUUAUAAGUCUUAUUCCUAAUAUUACAGCAACUUUCUCCUACCACCAUCCCCCCUCUCAUUUUCCAUUGAUUAUGCAUGACACUGCCCUCUUCUGGUAUACUGGCCAAUACCCUUUAAAUGCUAACCAGACUCAUAUUUAUUGUGAUUGUAUCCUACCCUUUCAGGUUUCCCAAGAGUUUUGUACGUGAUAUUAUCCUUCAUCCUGUGACGUAUGUUAGGAUGAGACAGAGUGACUUUCUUAGAACCACUUAGUGAACUUGACUGCUAAGUAGAAAUUAAAACACAGGUCUUCUAAGUCUAGUGCUGUUCACUAUAUUGUACUGGAUCUUUCUGUGUUCCCAAUCUUUAUUUUAUUUGCUUUGCUUUAUUUUUCUUAACCUGUCGCCUCCCUGACUUUCUCCCCUAUAGGGAUCAUAAUAUUGAGGUCAGCUAUUCAUACAGCUAGAUGUUUUGGGAUAUAAGUUUCAAAGCCAAGACCAUGAUAUUUCAGAAGAAAUGGUUAUUGUCAAGACUGAGAAGAUAGAUGAAAGCAGCAGUAAUGAUGGAGGAAAGUGUGAAGGCCAGGAUUCUCAGCCUUCCCCUUUGGCUCUGCUGGCAGCCACAUGCAGCAGAAUUGAAUCUCCCAACGAGAAUGCUGACAGCUCACAGGGACAACAGGGAAGCUCAAAUGAACUGGAUCUCACUGCUGCAACUCAAAUCUCCCAGAAUGCAAAUGGCUGGCAAAUUAUUUCCACCCCUUCUGGGACUUCUGACUCCCCAAAAGACCAAGGAAACAACAGCAAUGAGGAGAAUGAUUCAUCAUCCAAAAGCCGGCCUGUUACUGCUGGGCAAUAUGUGGUUACUACCACCCCUAAUAUGCAAAACCAGCAGGUCCUGACGGGCUUGUCGGGAAUGAUACCCAACAUUCAGUACCAGGUGAUCCCCCAGUUUCAAACCAUGGAUGGACAACAACUGCAGUUUGCCACGACCCCCACUCAAGUCAGUGUCCAGCAGGAUGCCUCUGGUCAACUGCAGAUCAUUCCUGGAACAAAUCAGCAACUCAUUGCAAACAGGUCUGGGACAGGAAAUAUCUUAGCUGCUAUGCCAAAUCUUUUGCAGCAGGCUGUCCCUAUUCAGGGGGUGAACACCCUUUCAGGACAGGCUCAGUAUGUCACAAACGUCCCACUGGCUUUAAAUGGCAAUAUCACCUUGUUGCCUGUUAAUAGCAUUGCUGCCAGUUUGGCACCCACUUCACAGUCAGUUACUCUCAGCAGCUCUGGCUCUCAAGACAGUAACUCUCAACCUGUGACAUCUGGCACCUCCAUCACUUCCUCCACUCUGGCUGCAUCCCAAGCCAACUCUGCCUGUUUCUUUACUAAUGCCAACAGCUACAAUACCACAACCACAACAAGUAACUUGAGCAUCAUGAAUUUUUCAACUAGCGGCACUGUGGGAACAAAUGUUCAGGUCCAGGCGCCUCAGAGGACAAGCAGUGCUCAAAACACUGACACCCUGCAGGUUGCUGGAAUCGCAGUUCAGCAAGGGCAACAGAAGGAUGCAGAUCAAAACCAGCAGCAGCAGCAGCAAAUCCUGGUGCAGCCUCAAGUUGUUCAAGGAGGCCAAGCUGGCCAGACCUUUACCCAAGAUGCCUUGCAGAACUUGCAGAUCCAGGCUCUUCCCAAUGCUGGUCCCAUCUUUAUUCGAACACCCACUGUGGGGCCAAAUGGGCAGGUCAGCUGGCAAACAAUUCAGCUGCAAAAUUUUCAGGUCCAGAACCCGCAAGCUCAGACAAUCGCCUUGGCUCCAGUGCAGGGAGUCUCCCUGGGACAGACAGGGAGCACCAACACAACACUCACACCAAUAGCUUCUGCUUCCUUGCCCAGCGGUACUGUUACUGUAAAUGCCGCUCAGCUAUCCUCUGUACCAGGCCUUCAGACCAUUAAUCUUGGGGCUCUGGGAUCUGGAAUCCAGGUGCAUCAGCUGCAAGGUCUUCCCCUCACUAUAGCAAAUGCCACUGGUGAUCAUAAUACCCACCUCAGCCUUCCUGGUACUGGCGGUGAUGGGCUAGCUGAGGAUGGCACAACCCUGGAAGAAGGGGAGACUAGUCCAGAUGCUCAACCACAGCAGAGCCGCAGAAUGCGCAGAGAAGCAUGCACUUGCCCCUUCUGCAAAGACAAUGAAGGAAGGAGCUCUGGGGAUCCAGGCAAGAAGAAGCAGCAUAUAUGCCACAUGCCAGGUUGUGGGAAAAUUUACGGGAAGACAUCUCAUCUGCGAGCUCAUCUUCGGUGGCACACUGGAGAACGGCCAUUUGUGUGCUCUUGGAUGUAUUGUGGCAAGCGCUUCACACGUAGCGAUGAAUUGCAGCGACACAAGCGGACCCACACAGGAGAGAAGAAGUUUGCCUGCCCAGAGUGUCCCAAGCGCUUCAUGCGGAGUGAUCACCUCUCCAAACACAUCAAGACCCACCAAAACAAGAAGGGAGGUGCACCCAACAGUGUGGCCAUGGAUGUGUCUGCUGUCUCCAUGGACGCAAGUGCUUCUGCAGAGGGCACUGGUGGAGCAACGCCGUCGGCCCUCAUUGCGACCAACAUGGUGGCCAUGGAAGCCAUCUGUCCAGAAAGCAUUGCACGCCUUGCCAGCAGUGGCAUCAAUGUCAUGCAGGUGGCAGAUCUCCAGUCAAUCAACAUCAGUGGCAAUGGAUUCUGAGGUGGCACGGACUGUUUGGUAGUGGUGUUGUGCAAACAUGGGAUUCUCAAGGUAGCCAUGGGUCCAAGCUAUGAAGUCUUUCAUUACACCAGUGGUGAAAGAUGGGGACUCAGCUGCACCACCCAGCCUUCGAACCCCAUUUCAGUCUCCCAGGAGUUGUAUAUGCAGAAUAAGGCCUGCUUGCUUUUCAGGUCAGCCCUCUUAAAGCCUGAUGUGAAAGCCUGGGGAAAUGGGACAGCUCAGAGCUGUUUGACUCACUUUAUUUUGCUUUCUCCUGCCCUAUAAAAAUCUCUCUGCUCCCUUAUUAGGUACCCCAGAUGCCAUCAUGCCUUGGUUCUAAAUGUAUAUGAUCACUGAAAUACUUUUUAAACAGAAAAAUCUAUAUUAUUAUUAUUAUAAUUAUUAUUGUAAUUAUAUAAAACUAUAAAAUAUGUUCAUUUUGAUGAGAGAAGUUAAAAUUGCUGUGACUAAAGUUUUUGGUCAUUGUUCGAAUGCCUUAACUUGGAACUCCUUGAGCUGUUAGGCGAUGCUCAGGCUUAUGUUCAGAUCCUAUAUUACAUUUUACAUUGUAUCUAUAAAAACAUAAAUUUAGCUUUUUGUAUGCUUGGCUUUUAGGUUUGUCUGUCUUCCCACCCCUACCUGCUCCAUUUGGGUAAAACAAAAACAAAAAAAAAAUUCCACCUCUUUUUAACUGGUUAAUUUUCAAUUUCUCCAUUGGAGAUACGCAUGUGUAAGCUCCCAGCCACUAUUUUUUUCCAGAGUAGUAGGGUCCAUGACCCAUAAUAUGUUCUGAUUUUGCAGGUAGAAGGGGGCACAGAGGAAGAUUGUGAUUAUGUUUGAGGAAGAUCAUACCUGUAGUCACUUCUAGGCCUCCAAAUACUAUAAAUUUGGCACCAGCAGUCGGGAAAACCCAUCUCAGUUCCUAAUGUAAAACAGUCAGAAUCUCUUACAUUAAAACCCGCAAUAGAACUGAGGCUCAAAUAAGCUGGUAUACAUGGAGAUGAUGAAGUGCCAAAACCUUAUUUGUGUGGCAAUGGGAUGUACAGGUUUCUUGUUGGCUUGAGUAAGGAAAUCUGUGAUGUGUGAGAAGGUGGAUCCUGUUCUGAUUUUUGUCUGUCCAAAAUACUCAGGCCAUGUGGAAAAGGAAGAAUGGGUGUGUGUGUGUGUGUGUGUGUGUGUGUGUGUGUGUGUGUGUGUGUGUGUUUUAGCUCAGUCAAUUGCUUUGCUGUGAAACACUUGGCACUUCUCCAGUUCUGUUUAAAUUGUCUUUUGUAGCUUUCAGUUAGGUUGUGGGGGCCAAUUGAUCCAACCUUUGGCCUUGCUACCCUUCCUCGAGAAAGACUUACCGUUUAUACUUGUACCUAAGUUCUUUCCAGUCAUCUUGUUCCCUCUGUGAUACCAUGCAUGUCCAUCCGGGCACUGCAUUACAAGGAAGUGCAGCUGAAUGGUGGGGGUGGUAGUGGCUGGCAGUCAAUGCAAGCGGUGCAGAAAUGUUUGAGGGCCAGUGCUAAUGGACAAGGAACAAAGAGACUCUUGGGGGGCCUGGAAUGCCUUUGUAGCACCCCCCCCCCACCAAUUUAAGAAAAGGGCCUUGGCACAAGUACGUAAAGAAUUCUCUCAGCAGUUUAGGUCAAGCUUUCUCCAACCUGUUUGUUGAAUUGCAGCUCGCAUAAUUCUCAGUCUGGGAAGUAUGGAAGUGGCAGUUCAACACAUCUGGAGUGCUCCAGCUUGGGGAAGCCUGGUUUUGGUGUUUUUCCCAAAGUGUGGGUGUGCAGUGUAAAAGAGCUUGGGUGCGUUAUCCGGCACCAUAGUUGGCCAUGCUGCUGGUGCCACGUUUUCUUCUUUCUCUACCUCUCCUUUCAGCUAUUAAAACAAGACAGAUAAAUUGCCUUCACGAAGUGUUGUGGAAAAUAGUAAAUACUGAAUUCGUGCAUGGUGGCAGCUUUUGCUAAACUGAUUUCAUUAGCAGAUAUAGAUGUUCAUUUCUUUAUGCUGGACUCCCUUCCAUGUCUUAGAGUGCGCACAGUGAGCCUACAAAUUGUGGGCAGCUUAGAAGCCCUCUUUUUUUUUUUUUUUUUUUGAUGCCACUGCUUUGCACCAAGUCCUGCCAUAAUUGCACUCCUAAACAGCAGAAGAACCAGGACACAGCUUUCCUCUGCAUUUCUCUACAGCUCUUGUCUGGCAACUCAGCAUCCCCACUUCCUAUAUCCUCCUAUAUCCACUUGCAAGCUUUCUUUUAUCGGGCCAGCCCCCCCACCCCACACACACACACACUGAUAAUAGGAAACAUGGCCCUACUCCUGUCAUAGGAAUUUGAUGCCUUCUGCAGUGGCUUGGCAGGACUGAACUUGAGCAGUUCUGCUAAACCAGAAGUGAAGGAAGUGACUCUUCAUCUUCCUUCCUUAGGAGACUGUUGGAAUUAAACAUAACAGUCACCACUACUGACCAAGAGGCUGUUUUUGUUGACUCCUGGUGCUCACCUGGCUUUGCAUGCAGCUACAGUUUUAUGAUCUAUGAUUUCUGAUUGCCUGAGAGUCUUUUUGGUCUACAGUAUUUGUUGAAAUGAGGGAAAAUGGAAACCUUGUUUAGAUCAAAGGUAUGUAUGUUUGAAUUUUCUUCUGUUCUCAGAACAAAACCUUCAGUAAUAGGGAACCAUCAUGUAAAAGACAAACUGGUAUAAGUUGUGGUGUGGUUUGUUUUGCAGUGCAGACGAAUGUUCUGGCUUGCUUGGUUUCUUUUCAUUGAGGCAGAAAUAUUAGAAUGAGCCCCUCUUGCUCAGAAAAGGGCAUGAAGGGGGAGUGAAGCGUGUGGUUCUGUGAAGUUUAGUUCCCACUCCCCUUGGUUCAGUUGAUGUAUCCUGUUGUGCAGAUGUUAAGUUGGAAAGAGCAGAACUAACUCUGCAAAGUACAAACUCUGUACAAACUCUGCAUAGUCAAUAGCCAAAGAAGCAGAUAGAAACAAGUGUGCCCAUAUGAGUGUAUGUGUUUCAUGAGCCUUAUUAAAAGUAAACUUCCAGUAUCAGCAAAGAAAGGGAGACACUGUUCAGAUGUCUUGUGUUCUCUGUUAUUGAUUAAAAAAUUGAGUAGGUUUUCAUUCCAUUUAGCAAUGUGAAAGCUAAACCUGCAAGAUACACUAGAGUCAAACAAAUCAGUGAGCUUGGGCUCCUAGCUAUUUUACUAAAUCUAGAAUUGCACCUGUGAAAGUGGUCCUCCUCAAAGCAGAAGUAAAUAGGCUUAUUUUAUGCACACCAAAUGCAUUUCAAUCACCUAUAGAAAGACUAGUGAAAUUUAUUGUGACAAACUCAGAAGGGUUGUUCAUCUUACUCGGUCCUGCUUGACUGGUUGUGAGAGAGAAUGACUCUCUUCCUUGAAAACGUUCUGGUUUCUUUGCUCAACUAGAACUGACAAACAGUAUGCCCUUCUUAAUGAAGACCAACUGGUUGGCACAAAAUGGAUGAGAAUGGCUAAAAACAUGUCUUCCCUGAAGCAGAGUUGCUUCAAAGUGAAGAGGUUUUCUGCAGAACAGGACUUUGGGGACACUCUGACCAGGGCUAGACAUUCCAAAAAAGCAAGGAUUUUCAAAGCAUGAGUUCAUUUAGUAUGAACAUUUAAGUCUGCUUUUACAAUGACAGUUCUCAAACUUCAUCCAAGACAAGACAACAAUACUGUUAGUGAAGUCAAUGCAGUGAAGGUAGGAGUAGAUGUUUUAGGUAAACUUAGCAACUAGCAGUGCAAAACUCACUUUGGUAACUUCCUACUCCAAUUUUGUCUUUUUAUCUUGUCAGAAUAGUCACUCUAAAUGUUCCUCUUGUCUCCUGGAAUACCACAAGCUAUUGAUUGGUAAUCAGAUGUCCUCAGUAUUAACUUUCUGAGAAAAGAAUGGACCCCUGAAAUGUUGGGGGAAAGGCAUCCCAAGUCAUUCUUUUUGUGGGGUUUAGACCAUGAAUGUUUGCCCAGUGUUUGCAACUGCACAAAAAUACCUGCAUAAACUAUUUCUUGUAUACAUUUUGUGUAGCUAAGGAUGCCUCAUAUUUUUUCCAGAGGGACAGCCAUGUUAGUCAUCUACAGUAAAAGCAACAACACUUCUUGUUGCGCCAUAAAGACCAGCACAUUUAUUCUAGCAUGAAUUUCUCCAUCUGAUGACGCAGAUGGUAUCUAUACCAUUGCAGAAUAAACUUGUUCAUCUUUAAAGUGUCCCAAGAUUCUCUGUUGGUUUUCCUGAUAUCCUUUACAUCUGUAGAGCAUCUUCAUUCAGAGUGAGGUUUCUUAACUUGCAAGAUUAAUGUGGCAUGAGUAAAAAAUUCAUCAAUAGCCUAUGAUUAGAACUCUUGUUUUUUGUGUGUGAAACCAAGUCCGUUGUACGGCAGCUUGCCUGACCCAAACUAUGGGUUGGCCUCUCUUGCUGAAUCUUCUUGUUUGUUUUUCUAAAGAGCAACAUUGUCCUGCUUAAAGCUACUACACAAAGGCCUCAAAACAGAAAGUGGCAUUUCCAGCCAGUGACAGAAAUACAACCAAACUGUGAUGCAUGAACACUAAGGAAGAAGAGAAACCAGUUGCUACAAACCUCUCCUAUUUCCUUUUUGGUGGCAGUGGGGAUAUAUUUUUAUAUCAAGAGUGUGGAAGCAUUCUGUAUUUUUUAUAGCAGUCCACGGAAAUUUAGUAGCUUUGGCUGCAUUGGAAAUGAUGUGUUUUGGAAAUAUUAAUGAUCCUAGAUCCCUUGGUUUAAUGCAGUAUUUAUUCCCACAAGCGUUUUUUUCCAUAAUGGCCUUAAUGAGAGAGCCCAAUGGUGGCGACUGUUGUCCUUGCUUCCUGUGCGCUGCUGGUUCUUUCUGUGUACUUUUCUGCUAGAAAUGAAGUCAAAACCAGGCCAAUGUGUUUUCUGCAUUGUCCAAAGUCACUUUUAUAUGCAGUAUUUUGCCAAAUACAUAGUAGAUCAUUAAAGAGCAUGCACUAUACAAAGAUUGUACAUUACCAUAUUUGUCUUGUUUUCUUCAAAUAACUCCCAUCUCCCCAAAACAAGGAUGAUUAGCUCCUGAGCCAUAGAUAGGAAAGCCUACAUGGUCAAUCCUGCCAGUAUUUUCCCCCUUGUUAUAAAUAAGUUACCUGAAAUUUGUUCUUUUCUACCAUCAUUGAGACAAACAGCAGCAAUGGAAACUUUGCUACAGAAAAUGUCCAGCAAAUGCCUUUUUGGGUAGCUCUAAAACUAAUCUUCAGUUGAAGAUCUUAAUUUUCCUCUGGAAAUUAAGCUGAGAGAGCUUCUUCUGACUUAGGCAGUCCAGCUUGUGGACUGUGCUGUGACUGCAAUCCUGCAUAGAAUUUAAGCUCCCGCUAGGAACUGGUGUGUGUAGAAUGGUGUCUUCAGCAUCACUUGUGUUAUUUUCCCCGUUGCAAAGAAGGAUUUGGCACUACCUCAUCGGUUUCUUUGGCCCCAUCCACAAGCAAGGACUUUGACCCUUGAAGUCUUAAAUUCCUAGCCAAAUGACUUCUUGUUCUGUCUGCUUACACAGCACAAUGGGCUAAUGCAAAAUGCAUGAGUUACUGGGGAGCUCUGCCCUCUCCAGUGUUGUUUCAACAUAGCAGAAAUCCCAUGUCCCCGUUUGGGUGGGAAAGAAAGAAAGCACUGCCAAAAGCCUCUGGUGUGGAAAUAUCUGAAGGAUCCUAAUAAUCCCUGUGGGUUUCAAAAAGGGAGUUGUCUGUACUACUAAACAGUUGCAUCCCCACUUUUGUGUGUGUGUGUAUCUGCCUGUCGCUCUCUCUCCCUCUUUGCCUGUCUGUUUUAUCUGUGGUGGGACAGCCUUGUGCUGUAUGCCAGGAUAAUGUUGUGAUGUUUGGUUCUCUUCUGAUUGAAAUGGUCUUGGGGCUGCCUUCCACAAGAUGGUCUCUGCUUACAUACACACACUGCCUAGUUUUACACAUGAAACCUGAGAAAGCAUCCUUUGCUGUAUACACGAGGCCCCAAAAAAGGUUCAGCUGUUCAUUUUGUUAGCAGGCUCAGGUGGUCAUGUAUACACCUCCCCCCAUGCUUCUUCAGGAUGGGAAUGAUUACCUUACUGAGUGCUUUCCAUAUUUCGAAGUGGGGCAGCACUCUAUGUACAUUUAGGAAAAUAGCAUUUAGAAGAUGCAACAGAGGGAUGCAGAAUAGCCUUUUCCUUGUCAUGCUUUGUAUUAGGAAGCAGUGUUCAGAGGGAAUCAUUCAGAUGUGCAGCUGUAAGAGUUAGGAAAAAGGUUUACCACUUGAGGCAUGUUGUUGAUUGCAUCAGUUGGCCUUUCAGUUUGAAAUCUGCAAACAAACAAAAAAAAUACACGCAGUAUAAGCUUAUCUUAAAACCUUUCAGGGUGUUUUUAUUUUAUUGUUUUAUUUUUGAGGGGGUGGAAUCAAAUGUGCCUUUCCUUUUAUAUACAGGGAUUCUAUCUAUAGCCAAGCCAAUGCCAUCAGCCUUAAGAGACUCUUCUUUAGCAUUCUGUGCCUUGAAACAGCCUCUUCUAGCUUUAAUUUUGUCACAGUCAAUUUAAAUGGGCAAUAAGAGUUCAGUAAUUAACUUCCCCCUCACCCCAGUCCUCUGGAGACAGGAUGAGUGUUUGCUUUUUGCAUGCUUUGCAGUGGAAAGGACGGUUGGGGGAGACAUUUUAUGCCCGGUUGCCAUUCAGUCAUUCACAGACUGUGCUAAUGUUUAAUAAGCAUUUUUCAUUAUCUUUGAUAGCUUGUAAUCCUGUAGUAACAUGGCUGCCUCUAUAUCCUCUCCUGGGAACACGGAAGGUGGGGUAGCGAUCUAUGUCUUCUAUUUUGGUGCUUACAGCACAACUCUGCAGACACUUAAGCCAACCUGUAACACUGGCAAUAAAAUAAUUCUUGUCUAUCUCUGUAAAAGACAGUUUGUUUUAUCUUGUAAUAAUGUAUGUGCUUUUUUAAAAAAAAAUACAAUUACCGAUGUAAUGAUGUCUGAAACACUUUUUAAAAGUGCUAUUUUUGUACAAAGAUUAAAAUAGUUUGGCUCCUUUGUAUACUGAUUACAAUUUUUUAAAAUGAAAGGAAUAAAGGAAGAAGUAUCUA